AAUCGUGUACCCGAUAUGAUUGCUUACACUCGCGUAAAGUGUGCUUUUAAGAGGUACAAAAAUACAUGUAUUUAUAUUUAUGUACAGCUGUUCACCAGUGGAGCGCAUAUACGAAACAAACUUAUCUAAUUAACAAUUCGGAUAACAAUAAAUAAAUACACACAUUCAUACUAUAAAUUACGAUGACUUGCAUAAAAUUUUAAAAAAUAUAUCAACCAUACUUAUCGCAAGCAGGUUUCCAGCGCGCAAGCGACUCAGUCAGAGUUCGAGCGUAAAGGCAAACGGUUGUGCGUACAAAGUACAAAUAUAUACUCGUAUAUAUGGAACACAUUUAAAAAUACUAUAAGUGUAUAUAUAUUAUAUAGAACUUGUGUAGUGCAAAAACAAGAAAUAUAAACAAUAAAAUAAGUGUAUAAAACUAAAAUAAAAACUGUGUAGUUUUUAUUCCAAACAAAAAAUGGCAAAAAGUGUAGAGGAAUUGAAGAUGGAUUUGAGUGGCAAGAAUAUUGUUUAUAUAGGUGGUUUUGGUGGCAUCGGUUUAGAAACAUGUAAACAAUUGGCGCAAAAAGGUGUUGCGAAUCUUAUGAUACUACACAAGUCGUGGAAUGAAUCAGCCUUCAAAGAACUCAACUCAGUUGAUUCGCGUUGUGUGUGCCAGUUUACGGAGUUUGACAUCACCUGCGGUUUGGAAAAGACGCGCCAAUUAUUUAAACAAAUAACAGAGAAAUUAGGAGGCAUCGAUGUGCUAAUUAAUGGCGCGGGUACAUGUGAUGAAAGAGAUUUCGAUUUUAUUAUAGCUGUAAAUUUUACGGGCACUGUAAAUGCUACACUUGUUGCUUACGAUCUAAUGGAUAAGAGCAGAGGCGGUAAAGGAGGUGUGGUUGUGAAUAUUUCUUCCGUAGCGGCACUAACACCCUUCCCUGUCUUACCCAUCUACAGUGCGACUAAGGGGGGAAUAUUGAACUUUACACGCGCAUUAGCGCAAUUAGAAGCCAAGACUGGCAUAACGUUAUAUAGCAUUUGUCCGGGCAUUACCGACACCAAACAUUGGGAUGAUGUGCACCAUUUCCAAGGUAGAGAAUUAAGCUUUAAAGAGAAAAUGCGUGGUCGUUCAUUUCCAACGCAAACGCCUAACGAUUGUGCAAAGAAUAUCGUGAAAGCUAUGGAAUCGCAUAAGAAUGGUGCAACUUGGAUGUGCGAUUUGGGACAGCUGAAAUUGGUGGAAAUAAAGAAUUUCUGGACACCGCCACAUCACAAGCAAAACAACGAGACUGAGCAAAUAAAACUUUUAUGCUUUCAGAUGAGAUGGUGCAGUCGAAGAAGCGUAAGUCUGAAGUCUCUGGAUAGUUAGGAGGCAUGCGAAAUGUGAUACCGUUAUUCUUGCAUAUACUUGAAAAGAAAAGGAGAGUUGCAGUGUUUGGUAUUCUACAAUUCAUAGACUGAAUAUUUAUAUUAAAUAUAAUAUUAUGUAGAUUUGUACGUAUUUUCGCAAACUAUAUGUUAGAGAUAAGGUAUAUGAAUUUGAUAAAAAAUAAUAAGUUUAAUAUAUAUUAUA